AUGGUGAUCGCCGACUCCGACUAUGAAGGCGCUGCUAUCCACUCCCUCGGUUCUCUCUUCAGUGUUACUGAAGUCUUUCUCUGGGAUGAUGGCUUCCAGGUUAAACCGUCGUCUGAAGCUCAUCACAACAAUCGCGAAUCAAAUCCAAUUCCUGAUCGGAGUAACAUUAUUAUAGUACCCGAAGAUUUGGAACUGAACAAACAAAUGAAUGAAUUGGGUCUCCCUCUCUCCUUUGAGACAAACAAGAAAUGUGGACUGGUAAAAAGCAAAAAGAAGCGUGUAGGAUCCAAGCAUCCCCGUACUUGUAACAACCCUAUUGAUGAAGCUCUAAAUGAAGUGAGCACAGAGGAAGUUAUAUCUCCUGCUAAAUUUCAUGCUAAAACUAACAGUUCUUUAUCUUGUAUAUCAAUGCUGGGCCAAAGUGAAAAAUCCUACUGUGAUGGUGAAGUGGAGGUUGACAUGGCCCAAUGUCUCUCUGAUGAAGGAGAUGAUGCAUCAUGCUGUGCUGGGUUAGCUAAUGGCAUUUCUAAGGAGGGAAAUAAUAAUAUAAAAGUUGCAGAAACUAAUGAUGUCCAGAAUAGUGACUUUGAUUUGAAAAUUGCAUGUGCCUUGGAUACAGGAGUCUCUGCCGGAAGCCAUUUGACGGAUGCUGGUGUCAAUUUUUGUGGGAUAGAAUUGGGCGAAGUUGACAAUGAAUGUUUAGAAAUUUCACCAAUUGUUUGCAAAACUGCAGAUUGUGAGACUGUUUUCAAUGAUGAUGGUGCUGCCACAUGGCAGCCACAAGCUAAUGAAUCAGAAUCACUUCCCAUGAGUUUGGAAUGGAAUGGAAGUGACAGAAAUGAUUGGUCAAAUGAUUGUGGUGAACUUGGAGAUUGGAUGGUGUUAUGGGAUACUUUCUAUAAGCAAAGAUACUUUUAUAAUGUCAAAACAGACAUUUCUACAUGGGACCCACCCCUAGGGAUGGAGCAUCUAGCAUUUGGUGAGUGUACUGAAUUAGAUGAUAGUGAAGCUUUAAAGUCAGCAGAGGAAUGUGAAACACAAAGCAGCAUUAAAGCAACUAAAGAAACCAUGGUGGAAGAAAACUUAUUAGGAAUGCAACAUGAAGAGUAUUCAGCUGAGAUUGGAGUUGCUGCUGGAAAUUUGGUCUCUGACAUUGCUACCAAUAGUGAAGGCCAAUGUCUUCAUCAUUCAGAUGAGAAUCUUGAGAGAAGUAGUUGCAACGACGGAGUUUCAUGCUGCUCAGUACCGAAUACCUUGGAUCAUGUCAUUAGCUCAAAUGAUCGUUGCAGUCAAGCAACAUCAGAGGUCGACCACACACCAAUGGAAAACAUGGUAAUCGAUACGCCUGGAUUGGAUAGUAAAUCUGAUCCUUUCAUGUCAAAACAGAAAAAGAAAGUGAACAGAAAACCCAGGCAGAAGAAAUUCGAUUAUGAAACUGAAGAUCUCCAACUUCAAAAAAUGCCCGAAGCUUAUUCUGCAAUCAUUGAAAAAUAUUGGUGUCAGAGGUAUAUUUUAUUCUCUAGAUUUGAUGAUGGUGUAAAAAUGGAUGAGGAAGGAUGGUUUUCUGUCACUCCUGAGGUUAUUGCUCAUUAUCAAGCAUCCCGUUGUGCAGGCGGCACAGUAAUUGACUGUUUCACCGGCGUUGGUGGGAAUGCUAUCCAAUUUGCACAACGGUGCAGAACUGUGAUUGCAAUCGAUAUUGAUCCAUUGAAGAUUGAUUAUGCUAGGCAUAAUGCUUCUAUUUAUAGGGUGGAUGAUCAAAUUGACUUCAUAAUGGGUGAUUUCUUCCUCUUGGCACCAAAGUUAAAGGCAGACACCGUUUUCCUAUCUCCACCUUGGGGAGGACCUGAUUAUGCUAAGGUUUUGACCUAUGAUAUGAAGACAAUGCUUAGACCGUGUGAUGGAUAUACCUUGUUUAAUGCUGCUAAAGAGAUUGCUUCCAGAGUUAUCAUGUUCCUUCCAAAAAAUGUUGAUUUCAACCAAUUGGCAGAGUUAUCUCUAUCUGCCUGUCCGCCAUGGUCGCUAGAGGUGGAGAAAGUUCAUUUAAAUGGAAAAUUGAAAGCAGUCACAGCUUAUUUCUGCCGUGCACCAGUUGGAGGGGACUGA